AUGGCUCCUAGACGUCAGGCGGCUCUUGCUGCUCAAGCCAACAUGGCCGCCGUCGCAGCCCACGAGGCCGACGAUGUCAUGCCCGUCAAGAUCCUCAAAGGAUCCAGAAACAAGCAGCUCAAGCCUAUCAAGAUCGAGAAGUCGUCCACUGUCAAGGCCAGCGGCAAGGCCCCUAGCUCCAAGAAUCCACCCGACGACCCCAAGCCCUCGGGCAGUCCUGGAAUUCCCCUCGUCUGCCUUGUCUGCACGAGCACCCCGCGCUUCUCCGACCUCUCCCAUCUUCUGACCCACCUCAGUUCCAAGGGCCAUCUUCAGACUCAAAACGACGUGAGAAUCCGCGCCACUCAGGAUCUCGCCGCCGCGGACAAAGUUGCCACCUACGACAAGUGGUACAAGGACUAUGGUAUCGAGCGUAUGCUUGCAGAGCGCCUCAAGGCCAAGGAUGAAAAGGCGAGAGGUUUCUCGCGAUCUGGACAGGGAACUUCUCUCACCCUCAAGAGAAAGAAGGCUCGUUCGACCCUUGUCAAGCGUGAGGCUGAUGACUCCAUGUUUACGCCUCCUCCCACCGGUCGACUUCUUGGCCAGCAGCAGGCCAUCACAUACUACGGUGACAACGAUGAUCUGGCCUCGGCCUCGACUCCUACCGAUGAUGCCAUUGAGUGGGGUCCCGAUGACUUGGAGUCUGCUCGACUCAAGGGAACCGUCUGGCCGGGCAUGGGCAUCUUUGAUGCCGCCACCCCUGAUCAGAAGAAGCAGCGGAACCAGCGCAAGGACGCCUCUGUGCUUCGCAAGAUGGAGCUUUCGUCUCAGGCGAUCACCACCUUGGAGAUCGUGGCAAACCUGGACUUGGAGUUCGAGAGAACUCGUGAUGUCUAUGAUGCCCCUUCCGUUGAGGGAAGCCCGGUCAUCAAGAAGUCUAGACGUCGUCAGAGACGUAGCGGUGCCGCAGAGGAGGAUGGCAAUGCCUCGGGAGUUGUUGUCAAGGAGGAGCUCGCUGACGAAGCCGCUCACCGGGCAUCUUCUGCUUUGGCUAUGCAGCUCCAGAAUGGUCUCUACAAGCAGGAAGAAGUUUCGGAGCUCGACAGCGAGUCCCUCUCGGAGAAGUUCGAUGUCACGAGCGACAUCGCUAGCACCGCCGAUGGUGACAGCGAUACUCUCGGCUACGCCGGAAUGAUCGAGCUUGAUGAAUCUCACAAGGAAAUUGGAGGUCCCGACCGGGGUCCUAACGACCAGUUCUUCACCGUCACUGAUCGCGUCUCCGACGUGUUCCAAGGUGGCAGCGCUGCCGGCACCAAAGCUUCGACUACGGUGAAGGAUGAGCCUAGAUUCGACGUCCGCAAUCGUAUACCCCUCCGGUCGAUGAACGCGAACUCGAAUCUGAGCAUGGCCUCUCCUACUCCGGCUGCGAAGCAGCUUUCACGUCGAACUUUCACAGGAAAGGAAAAUAACAAUGGUGUACAGGAACACAAGAUGACCAGCAUUGACUUCUAUGGUGUCAACAACACUCACUUGAACCAGGCUGGAAUGACCACUGCCAUCAACAUGGACCCCAACAUCUUCACCGGAUACUCGAUGCCUGACAUGUACCACCUCAACCCGGUCUGGGGUAACCCAAUGUUGCGCGCCGGCCACCAUGGAUUCAACCCCAUCAAUGCCAAUCACAAUCAUCAGCAGAUGAUGUUUUCUCAGCAGAUGCCCAUGAUGAACACGUUCGGCAACGGCCACCAUGACCACGCUCAGGGCUCGGGCGUGUACCAGAAUGGACAUGGGGCCUAG